GUGCGUUUUGAGGUUAUAUUUUGAGUUAAGUUGUUCUUCCAAAAUGCAGCACGACGAUGUGGUGUGGAGUAUAAUAAACAGAUCGUUCUGUUCUUACAAAGUAAACACAAAAACCCAAAGGUUCUGCAGAAAUGAAUACAAUUUGACCGGUUUGUGUAACCGAUCGUCUUGUCCACUGGCGAACAGCCAGUAUGCGACGAUACGAGAGGAAAAAGGUGUGAUUUACCUUUUCAUGAAAACAGCGGAAAGAUCAGCUUUCCCCAGUAAAACAUGGGAAAAAGUUAAAUUGUCCAGAAACUUUGAAAAAGCUAUUCAACAGAUAAACGAGAAUUUACUUUACUGGCCGGGGUUUAUUAAAUCAAAAUGUAAACAGAGAUUUGUGAAAAUAACACAAUAUUUGAUUAGAAUGAGGAAAUUAAAACUUAAGAGACAGAAACUUAUUGUACCACUGCAGCGUAACAUAGAGAGAAGAGAAAAACGUAGGGAAGAAAAGGCUUUAUUGGCUGCUAGAAUUGAAAAGGGUGUUGAGAAAACUUUGUUGGAGAGGUUGAAGAAGGGAGUUUACCAAGAUUUGUACAACAUACCCCAAACAGCUUUUGAUGAUGCUGUAGAAGAAAGAGAAAUUGAAUCAGAAAGUGAAGCAGAGGAAGAAAUGGAGGAAGAGAAGGAAAUUGAAAUGGAAAAUGAGGAUGAUGGUCCAGAAUUUGUGGCUGCCGAUAGUGAUGAUGAUAGUGACUUGGAAAGUGACAGUGGUCAGCCAGAGGAAAUUGAUUUAAGCAGUAGUUUUGAAACGUCUGACGAUUCAGAUAUAGAGGAAAUUAGUGUGAGCAAAAAGAAAGGCAAACAAAUUCCAGUAAUGAAGAACAGGAAAGAUUCAGAUGGUGCUAAAGGAAAACGUAGACCCAGAGUUGAAAUUGAAUAUGAAGUUGAACAAGCUUCACCCUCUAAAAUUGCAUCCUUUUAAUUUUAUUGUGUAGGUAAUUUUUAAAUAAAU